AUGCUGAAGGAGUUCGCGAAGCUCUGCUACAGCAUCAACACGCCCGGUGCGCGCUGGCUCCUAAUGGGGGAUCAGAUUGCCAAUGUGAUAUUUAUCGGUCAGGUGGAGGUUGGCAAGCGUCUCAUCAACGCGCUGUCGUUGGAGGACAACGAUUUUCAUAAUUCUGAGGGAAUCUUGUUCUUGGCCAUCCUUCUGACCGCACCGUACGCAUUCACGCACCUCUUCACAUACAGGAAGCAAUUCUGGAAGGUAGGUGGCAUGAUCCGCAAGGAGAUGCUCAAGGACCUGAUGAUGAGAUGUUUAUAUUAUGAGGAGGCUACGCGGGACGAAGUCAACUCCAUGGAAUUUAAGCAGACGUUCUCGCAACACGUGUUUAAACUUGUCUCGGACGGCUACAUGAAGUUCUUCGAACUCGCUGCGGCAAUGGGUAGAGUCAUUAUGCUGUUUCUCUACUUCUUGAUUUACGCGGUGAAGAGCAUCGCGGAAGGAGAUGGGGGUCAGCUCUUCUAUUUCGUUGCCUUGUUCGCGGCGGUUCCCAUCCUCGCGUAUGUUUAUAUGCUUAUACGCACCAAAAAGAGCACUCAGGUUCGUGAGGAAACCGAGGACGCGAAGGUCGAGCUCAUGAGUUACAUGGAUGCGGUGAACGACGACUACCGUAUCGUGGCCGACUGUUGGGCCAGGCCAUUGGUUAUCAAGGAGGUCUUGAACAAGAUCAAUUUGGUUAACAAGUAUCUGGUUGACCAAGGGGCGAGGACAGCGAACGACAUGGCCUUUUUUGGUUGGGCUCAGGAGCUGGUGGAGUUCUUCGUCAUCAUCGUGGCAGGCAAUCUUCAUAUCCAUGGUGAAAUAACGCUCGGCGUCUUCACAUCGACGAUGGCCGGCCUUCGAGGGGCCAGUGCGCAGUAUGGUCGGAUGUACAAGGCUUUUCUGUCUAUGCAGUCCUGCUACCCAGCCUUAUGGCUCCUUGUGCAGUACAUGAACCUGCCCAUGGAUCUGGACCAGCGCCUGGCGACCAUGGACAAGAGCCGAAAGCUCUGGCCCGAACGACUGGCCAUGGCUCAGAAACACGAAGACGUGGUGAGCGGGAAGGCGAACGCCGAGGACGUCAUGCCCAUUAUACUGACAGACGUGGAGUUCGAGUACAAGGUGACCCUGAGGCAGAAGCUGGGCCCCAGAGCCCCCGGCAGCGUGGCUGACACGGCGGAAAGCUCAGAUUACCGGGUUCUCCGGCAGGUCAACCUGGAGGUCCAGCAGGGGACGCUCAUCGGUGUCAGCGGCCCCCCAGGCCACGGCAAGGGCACCCUGCUGCGGGUGCUGUCGGAGGUGCUGCCGCCCACGAAGGGGCAGGUGUUCGUGCCCUCCCACCUGCGGGUGCACCACUGCCAGGUGCAGGAGAACCUCUACGAGGGCUCCGUCGCCUUCAACGUGUUCUUCGCGCUCCUGGCGUCCAAGGGCCUCACGAAGGUGGAAGAGCUGAGCAAGGAGGAACGCGACCGCGGGGUCAGGGUCUGCAAGGCCCUGGACAUGAUGCCGAAGAUUGUCGAGUCGGUGGAGAAGCACGAUGCGCACACGGGCACGAAAUUGAAGGGCCUGUCACUGACCACCAGGAUCAGGAUCCAGGUGGCUCGGGCGCUCAUCGCCAAUCCAGAGGUCCUCGUGCUGCACAUGCCAGUGGAUUCUCUGCGCGAGGCGCAGGGGGACAGAGUGAUCAAGCAGCUGGUGGAAUUCGUCAGAAACAAGGGCGUGGAGCCGGGGAGUCCGAGCACUCGGGGGGGCAGGCGGCGACCCCGUACCUGCCUGUUCACCAGCAACCACGCCUACUUCCUCCAGCAGGCCGACAAAGUCUGGAGAGCGUGGUCGAGGGGUCGAUGCACGAGAAGCUCCUCCUCGAGCCGACGUCCGCCCGCGGGAGGGCCUCGAACCUCGAGGGCAGCAGCGGCCCGCCGAUCGAGGAGCUGCGGCUGGGCGCCAGGAGCCCCGAGCCUCGAGGAGACUACGACCGGCGCCGCUGUGCCGGCGGAGGCGGGCGGGGCGGCGGAGGAGCCGUUGCUGCCGGGAGCGACGGACGGCAGCAGCUGA